GGUACAUGAUGAUGUCAUCUGUAUACCUAAAAAAAUAAAGAUGACAUCACUUCCUCCUAAUGACACAGCUGUUCCACUCAUAAUAAAGUGCACACUGUUGUAACAGUCACGUGUGUCGGGUCAUGUGAUCGGUCCCACUACAUCUGUGAUCGAUGACUUCUGACUUGCAGAUAGCUGAAGUUGCGUUGCCGGAUGCGUUGCUCUGUAAUCUGUACCUCGUGACCAUCAUCAUCACUUUCUUGUUCUUCGUUGAUCAUCGUCCACGUUCGGGUUGAAUCCCACCAAAGACAAACAAACAAACCCGGGGGACGGGAACAUGUCCGCCUGGCUAUGAGACAUCAGGAGCCAUGGCGGCUUGGCACCGGAUAACCGCCUCCUGCACGUCGCUGCUGCACGUCGGUGUGUUGUUGUUGUUGUUGUUGUCGGGUCCGAGCGGCGGGAGACCGUUGGAGAAAUGUCCCGGAGACAAGUCCUGUCAACCCCCGAGAUCUCCCGUGGUCCUCAUUCCAGGGGAUCUGGGAAACCAGUUGGAGGCGAAGCUGGAUAAACCCAGCGUGGUCCAUUACAUCUGCUACAAGAAGACGGACACCUUCUUCACCCUAUGGCUCAACCUGGAGCUGCUGGUGCCCGUUGCUAUAGACUGCUGGAUCGACAACAUCAGGCUGAUCUACAACAGGACCACACAUGCCACCGAGGCCCCGCCGGGCGUGGACAUCCGUGUCCCGGGUUUCGGACAGACGUAUUCGCUGGAGUAUCUGGACCCCAGCAAACGCAGCGUGGGCAUGUAUUUCUUCUCUAUAGUGCAGGCGAUGGUGGAGUGGGGCUACACCAGAGACGAUGAUGUCAGAGGAGCUCCCUAUGAUUGGAGGAAAGCUCCCAACGAGAAUAAAGAAUAUUUCCUGGCGCUGCAGAAGAUGAUCGAAGAGAUGGCGGAGAAGGCCGGCGGGCCCGUGGUGCUCAUCGCUCACAGCAUGGGCAACAUGUACACCCUGUACUUCCUCAACCAGCAGCCUCAGGCCUGGAAAGACCGAUACAUCAAGGCUUUCAUCUCUCUGGGACCACCAUGGGCCGGGGUGGCCAAGACCCUCCGUGUGCUCACCUCUGGUGAUAAUAACCGCAUCCCCGUGAUUAGCCCGUUGAAGAUUCGCUCUCAGCAGCGCUCUGCUGUCUCCACCUCCUGGCUACUCCCUUAUGCGCACACCUGGCCCAAAGAUCAGGUCUUGGUGCAGACGCCCCACGCAAACUACACCGUCAUGGACUACAAGCGCCUCUACACGGACAUCGGUUUCGAAGACGGCUGGCUUAUGCGACAGGACACCGAGCCCCUGGUGACCGACCUCACGCCCCCCGGCGUGGCUGUCCACUGCUUGUACGGCAGCGGCGUCCCCACGUCGGCGGGCUUCCAGUACUCGGACAAGUUCCCCGAUGUGGAGCCCACUGUGGUGUUUGGCGACGGGGACGGGACGGUCAACCUGCAGAGUGCCGUGCAGUGCGGGCGGUGGGUGGGGAAACAAAAACAGCCUGUGAUGUUGAAAGAGCUUCCAGGGAACGAACACGUGAACAUGUUGCUGAACUUCACGACAGUGGCUUACAUCAAGUCCGUGUUGUUCUCCCCGUGACGCCUUAUGAAGGACAGAUGUCUCUCUGAACAUUGACUGCCAAAGUAUUCCCCCCGCUUAUCAAAGUAUUAGAAAUUUUGUAGAACAAAUGCAGAAUCAAAGUUUUAAAAUUAAUUUUAUAGCCGUACUUCUGUUAAAGUCAGAUUGUUUACUGUCAAGUAAGACUUUUAUAUUGGUUUCAGCUUUCAAAGAAUCCGAUUUUACGUACUAAAUUUAUGUUAUUACAAUAAAAAAAAACAUGUAGGUCAAAAAGCAGGGAUAUUACUGAAUGUGCCACUCUGAAUUAUUCAUCUUUUUAUUCAUGUCGUGAAAGAGAUUUCUCAUGUUGUUCGGUUCAAUGAUGAAGACACAUUCGUGAUUUAAUGCUCGGCAUGUGUUCAGAUGACUUCUACCAAAACAACUUGUCUUUUUUUAAAUUUCAAAUGAUUCUUUUGUUGAUCUUUUUUCUUUUCGCAUGCAGCCAAGCUGUUAGAAGACUUUUUAUUGUGCUGUCUGUGUUAUACAAGUCACAUGCUGAAGGACUGAACCCACAUCUGGGAUGUAGAAGUUGCUUUCAGUCGCUCAAACGAUCAAACAGUCCACUUAGUAGAAUUUCCGGGAGCUUUGAACGACAUCUCGCAACAUUACAUGAGAUGAGAUGAGAUGAGGGUCAAAGCAUCAGGAAAUCUAGUAAGGUGACCUUUGAGGUCAACAGAGAGCUCAAAGUGUUUGUAGUAAUUAAAUACAUUUUAAAUUCAUUUAAACUGUUUAAUCUCUUCACAACAUUUUAAGCUUAAGUGUUUUAUUUCCCCAGGUCACAGAUGAGGGGACUUAUUGUUUUAUUGUAUAAAUCAAAAAAAAAAUUUCUCGGCCGUCUUAUUCUGUUUUCUUUUUUCUGUUUAGACAGACGUGAGCGGUUCAGAGUGCAGAGUUUAAAAAAAAAAAAAAACCCUUGUCCUUGUGAACGUGGAGUCACAAUCUGUGCCAUCGAGCCCUCUGUGGGUCACACCGAGAUGAUAUAUAUCUGCUGUGGACUAUCAUAAACUGUGUCAUAAACAUGUGAUGCCUUCUAUAGAGUAAAUAUUUCAAAUAUUA